AUGGCACGUGGAGCUAUCAAACGCCUUGUACGCAGAACUCACUUGGGCGACAGCGUAACGAUGUUGUCAAGCCUCCGUGUCCUGGACCUGGCGUGGAACUCCCUGGCUAUUGGACCCUGGGUGCACCUGCUUGCCCGCCUGCCCCAGCUGGUGGAGCUAGAUCUGAGGGGCAACCCUGUGUGUGACCUGGAGGGCAGUCAGCAACUGCUGGCCGCAGCUCUGCCGGGGUUGCAGCGCCUCAACGGCAUUCCACUGCGGCUGGAAGCGGAAGGCGCACAGCCGCUACAGCAGCCGCAGCAGCAGCAGCAGCAGCCAGCAUACCAGGAUGGUUCAUCGGAGAGAUGGGCUUCGCCGCGGGAUGGCCGGCUGGAAGCUGAGGUGAUGGUCCUGCGUUUGCAGCUUGAGGCUGCCACUCGGGCGCAUGACACGCUGUCGGAGGCACACUCGAGGCUGCUGGCUGAACGGGAGCAGCUGGUGCAGCGGCCGGCGUCGCUGGCGGAGGCCCUGCGACAGGCGGAGGAGGCCAAUGCGCAGCUGCAGCAGCAGUCCACCUCCUCGGUCCAGCAGGUGGCCGGUCUAGCCAGCCAGGUCGCCACCCUAUUAGCGGAGCGAGACGGACUGCUGCGGCAGACGGAGCUGCUGGGCUCCCGCCUGGCGGACGCCGAGGCGCGUGCUGCGGAGGCGGCCCAAGCCGCCAGCCGGGCAGCACAGCAGGUUAUGGAGCAGCAGACCGCCAGGCUACAGAUACAACAGGAGCUAACGGCCACGCAGAAUCUGCUGGCACAACUGCAGCAACAACAACAACACCGACAAGCCGCCCAGUCCUCUGCGCUGGCGGGGAUGUCCUCCGCCACGGGGUCAGAUGGAGCCGCAGCUGCGGAGGGUUUCGGCCAACCGUGGGCAGGCGCUGCGACGUCAUCGCCGCAUAAGAUACGCAGCGGUGCUGAUGGUGGUGGUGCUGGUUCUGGAGUGGAGUCGGCGCUGUAUCAGCGUGUGGAGGCGUUGCAGCAGAUCGUGAGGAUGCAGGAGCGGGAGCUGGUGAGGCUGGGUGGCCUUACAGCCAGUCAGGCAGUCGGGGGUGGUGCUGACGGCGACACCGGUCAGGCAGCUGCUGCGGAGGCCGGCUGGGAGAACCUGCUGCAGCCGUGGCGGGAGCAGGUGCAGCUCCUGCAGGAGCAGUUGGGGCGGCAGGCUGCGGAGGGUGAGGAGCAGCGAGCUGAGUGGGGCCAGCAGCUGGGGGAGAUGCGGGAACAGUUCACACAGGCCCGGACAUUGCUCGAGCUCCUGGAGCAGCGGUCCCGGGAGCAGCGCUCCGAAAACACGCAGCUGCAGGCCAAGAUCACCCAGUUGGUCUCGGAGCUGCAGCAGGAGCGGCAGCGGGCCACCGGCUUGGAGCAGCAAGUGGCCGCUCGGGAUGCGGCGGCUCAGGCCGUGCGGCGGCAGCUGGUGGCCUUCAAGACUACCAUGGAGCAGCGGGAGGCGGCGCUGGAGGACCGGGCCGAGCAGCUGAGCGCCCAUGCGGAGCGACUCAGCCAUGCCAGCAAGAGGCUGUCCUUCGCGCUGAGCCUGGCUGCGUACAAUCCACCAUGGCCUACACGCCGUGGACGCCCGACCGAGGCCCUAGUUCGAUGCCAGUGGCUGGAAGUGGAGCUGGCGGCGGUGAGCAGCUCCGCAGAGGAGCGGAUCCGGGCGGCGCAGGAGCGCAUGCAGGAGCGUGAGGUGCGGCAACGGGAGGCGCUGCUGGCUGCCAGGCUGCAGGCGGCGCAGCAGGCAGUGGAGGCGUCGGCGGAGCGCAAGGUGCAGGCCGCCGAGGUGGCAGCGGCGGCGCAGGUAGCCCAAGCCCGGCAGCUGGUGCAGGGGGCGAUGGAGGCCGCAGAGGAGCUUUGUCGCCGCACGGAGGCAGCCGUGGGCCUGCGGCUGUCCAAGAUCUCGGUGCGGCUGCAAGACUUGACGCAGCAGGUGGCGUGGCUCCGGAGGGCGCGGCAGAGGGCCGUGGAGGACCUGCAGGCUAGCAGCCUGGAGCUGGAGCGGCUGCGGCACGAGGUGGCUAGUCGCCAGGCCUCAGAGGCGGACCUGCAACGCCAGCUGGCCAGCCGUGAGCGAGAGACACACGCCAGGCUGGCGGAGCUGAGGGCCGACCACGAGGAGGCGCUGGCAGCAGAGCGGCGGCGCGCGGCGGAGGCGGAGCGAGUGGCUGCCAAGGCCGCGGCGGAAUGCGGGCAGCUGGAGCGGCAGCUGGCGAGAGUGCGGGAGGUCAGGGCGCAACAGGAGGAUACAAGGCUCCGACGUCUCCAGUCCCAGGUUCACGAGCAGGAAGCCCAACUGCGAAGUCUCCGCCGUGAGCGCAACACGCUGCUGGCGGAACUGCGCAAGCAACAAGGGCUAGGAGUCGUGCGGCCGCCGCAGCCCCACCCCAAACCAGCGCAGAUACCACAGCCAACAGGGGCCAAACCCGGUUCCGGAGAUGACCCCGAUGAGGUGGAAAUUAUGUUCGAACGACCGGCCCCGCCAGCACAGAAGCGAGCCACAGGGCCCAAGGGGCCACCUGCAUCAGGAACGGUGGCCGCGGCAGCACAGGGACCUGAACUCAAUGGAGAAUCCCAGGACCGCGAAUCGGAGAAGCCAAGCCAGGCUGGCGCGCGCACGGACGGCUAUCCCCUUCGGUCACAGAAGCGACAGGCAGCCACAUCCCAGCAUCAGCGAGAGCAGACGAACUUGACUCAGGUUGCCCAAUCAGCUAACCCCACGCAGCGACCAAAGCAGCCCGCCGCUGCCGCACCUGCACCUGCACCUGCGGUUGGGCAGCAACGCACGACUGCCAACAAGCCACAGAUGCAGCCCACGGCGACAACCAAGCCUGCGAGUGUCCCGGGGCCAAAACGAAAGUUUGAAGAUGCUUUUGUUGGCGAGGCGGCCGGACGGCCGGGGAAGCGGCCCGUGCAGGAGACCCGGCCCGCGGCUGCGGCCGCGGCUGGGGACACGCCCGCCAGCUCCGCGGCUGCUGCUGCCACGGCUACUGCUGACGCUGCCGAGGCGGUUUUCGCGGCGCGCCAUGCAACUGCCGGAGGCGGCCCUCGCGCGAGCGGUGUGGGUGGCACGGCUACCGCGCCUGUGGGUGGUGCGGCCUGCGGAGGCGGGAGCGGCGUUGCACCCGCGGCGGGUCCCGGUCCGGUCGCAGCCGACGGCGUGUUCAUGGCUCGCGGGAUACGUGUCACCCCACUGACCCGGCCAAUUCCCGUCUCCACGGCUGUAGCUACUGCGGCCGCCACAGCUGCUACUGCCCCUGGUGGCCCGCCGCCGACGUUCAACCCCGGUCGAAGCACCCGGACGAAUCCUGAGAUGGAGGACGCACACUUGGUUAUUCGGAACCUUCGCCGUGACCUGGCAGUUCUUACUGCCAGGUUAAGGGAUGAGCAGACGCGGGCGCAGCAGGAGGCGGCGGCUGCAGAGGCGCUGCGGUUGCGGCAGGAGCCGAUGGAACGGGAAAUGCGGGAGCUACGGCUAAAGUAUCAGGAGGCGUUGCAGCGGGAGAAGCAGCUCACGGAGCAGCUGAACCUGUACAAGGCGCGAGAUCGGCAGCAGGUAGCCGCGCAGCAGGCCGCACAGCAAGCUGCCGCGGCGCAACGGGCGCAGCAACAGGCGACGGCGCAGCGCGCACAUCAAGCGGCGGCCGCGCAGCAAGCGGCGCAACAGGCAGCGGCGGCGGCACGUGCGCAAGCAGAGUUUGCCAAGCAUUUUGGCCAGUGGGGUAACUGGAGCUAUCAGCAAUUCGGGGGCCACGGCGUGGGCCAGUCAGAAUUCGAAAGUGCGUGGUUCAGUGGCGCUGGGCCAACGACCGCAAACGGCCAUGCGAGCCACCCGGCCCGGGGCGCCGCAGGUCCGGGUCACGAGAGCGGGGGUGGGGCUAGCGGCGGCGGGGGGACGUACGGCGGGGCAGACGGGUCGUCCAUGCCGAGCGGCAACGGGAAUGCAGCCGGCGCCCGCGGCGCUGCCGGCAAUGGCGGGGGGGGAGCGUCCGCCGCACCUCCGCAGCAGCAGCAUAAGCAGCCGUCUGCAGCUGCUGAGGCCCGGGACGACCCGGCCGUGCUGGCCUUCGCCUCGGCGCCUCUGCCGGCGCUGGACGACAACACGCCGGUGCGUGCUCUGAAGCAGUUUCUUAACGAGGCGGGUGCGGAGGGGCUCAUACGGCUCUGCGCCGAGAAGGCUGAGCUGCUGGCGCUGGCGCGAGAUCGGAUCAACGGCUGGGAGAUCCGACGCGCCGUGGCCUGCAGUAAGCUGGUCAGCCAGGCCCAGGGCGACCGGGCGCUGUUCAGGGUGGAACCGGGGCCCCUGCAGCGCUCCGCCCUGGUGAAGCCCUACCGGGAGCUCAUAAUGCGGUUACACCCCGACAAGAACCCGGGGGACGAUCUGGCCACACAGGCAUUCCAGUUCCUGCAGGAAUCGUACAAGCGGCUCAGCGCGCUGUCAGAGGCGUAG